UGAGGUACAACGUAUCACUACAGGAAAAAAACUGAGAAACCAGGCCACAUAUUCUUUUCUAUAUCAACUAAUAUUCUCUGAUAGUGUUCAUCAUGGGAGAGCCACCAAGUUCCAACGGCUCGACUACCACGGAGGAGAAGAAGUUCAAGACGAGUCUCACUGAUUAUUCUACCCGCCAUGGAGAAAAGACUGGACCAUACGCAGACAACCUCGACAUAGACGCCAUCAUCGUCGGAGGAGGGUUCAGCGGCACCUUUAUGCUCAAGACGCUCCGCGACCGCGGGUUCAAGGCUGCCAUCUUCGAGGCUGGGAACGACCUGGGCGGGACAUGGAGGUUCAACUGCUACCCCGGGGCGCGUGUUGACUCAGCCGUCCCGACGUAUGAGUUCUCGUGGCCAGAAGUGUAUGAGAGCUGGACUUGGACCACCAACUAUCCCGACUACAAGGAGCUUCGAGCCUACUUCGAUCAUGUGGACAAUGUCCUGGACAUCAAGAAGGACUGCUCGUUCCACACCGUCGUGACAGGGGCCAACUUUGACAAGGGGGCUGGCAAGUGGAUCGUGGAGACUGCAGAUGGACGCACAAGCAAGUGCAGAUUCUUAAUCCUUGGAUCCGGAUUUGCCGCGAAGCGAUACAUUCCAGACUGGCCCGGCAUUGAGAAGUUCCAGGGCGUCUUGCACCACUCUUCCUUCUGGCCAGAUGAGGAAGUCGACGUCAAGGGCAAACGCUGCGCUGUCAUUGGCACAGGCGCCUCGGGCGUGCAGAUCAGCCAAGAGUGGGCCCCGGUCGCCGGGAGGCUGACUGUCUUUCAGAGGACGCCAAAUCUGGCUCUGCCUAUGGGCAGGAAACCCCUGACGGCCGAGGAGCAGAAUGCCUGUAAGCAGUUGUACCACCAGCUGUUUGAGAUGCGCGAGAAAAGCUUCUCGGGGUUUCUGUUUGACUUUGCCGAGAAGCAGACCUUCGACGACACGCCCGAGGAGCGGGAGGCGUUCUACCAGAAGUUGUGGGAUACCGCUGGCUUCCACUACUGGCUGGCCAACUAUGAUGACAUGCUGAAGAACGGCGAGGCCAACACGGAGGCGUAUAACUUCUGGGCCAAGAAGGUCCGUGAACGCAUCACUGACCCCAAGAAGCGAGACAUCCUGGCACCACUCAAGAUGCCUCACUAUUUCGGCAUCAAGAGGCCGUGUCUUGAGCAUUCCUACUAUGAGGCGCUGGACCGGGAGACUGUGGAGGUUGUCGAUGUUAGCAAGAAUGCUAUCAAGGCGUUCGAUGAGACCGGAAUCAUCCUUGAAGAUGGCACUCACUAUGAUGUGGAUGCUAUUGCCAUAGCCACUGGAUUUGAUAUCAUGACUGGCGGCAUGACCCAGAUGGGCCUGAACAGCGUCCGUUCGACCCAGUUGGCAGCUGAAUGGCAAGCCGCGGCCAAUACAUACCUGGGGAUCACCGUGUCGGGGUACCCAAACAUGUUUCACAUGUAUGGUCCUCACGGCCCUACGCUCCUCUCCAACGGACCCGCAACAGUCGAGGUCCAAGGCCGCUGGAUCGCCGACGCCAUCACCAAGAUGCAGAGACAGGGCAUCAAAUAUAUCGAUGCCACGCAGGAAGCGACCAAGACCUGGAAGGCUCGCAUCAAUUACCUAAGUGACCAGACGCUGUUCCCCACGACGCGAAGCACGUACAUGGGAGGAUCCGUUCCUGGGAAGGCGUUCGAGCAGGUCAACUAUUCGGGUGGGCUCUCAAAGUAUAAAGAUGAAAUCAGGGAGGCCCUCAAUACCUGCAUGGUGCUGUCAUGGUAUAGAUUGAGAAGGGAAUAUGACUGA